AUGGUCUCCCUUGCCGCCACGACUUCACGCAACCCGGCGCUACCGCCGAACCCUGCAGGCCCUCGAGCGAAAAUGAUCCCUAAUUCCUCUCCCGUUCCUAUCCUCAAAACAUCCAAGUCGACUCGUCCAAUGGCUGGCACAAAACGCAAAAUGAGUGAUGCCGACCUCGCUCUCUCCCCCUCUUCAUCCCAAGGCGAUGACGUUACAGAAGAGCUCCCCCACAAGAAGCGUCCACGCGUUCAAUUUGACCAGGAUGUGAAGCUGCACGAUGCUUCUGGGCCGGAUACUUCGUCGGAGAAGAGCCUAGCCUUUGUGCGGGAGGAAGUACGCAGUGCUAUCCACCGCCAUGUUACAAUGUCAGAAAGCGAGGGCUACGACCGAAUCAAGGGAAUCUUCACCGCCGACCCCAAGAAACAGGGCGAUGACACCGUGCUUGCAUAUGACUUGCCAACACACUUGUCUUUGAAGAACCACCUCCUCGGUCUUCUGUCCCAUGUCGCCUCCCUCGACCGCUCAUGUAGCGGACUCGUACACGCCAUCAUCAACAGCGAGUGGCUCGGUCGUGAUGAAUCGUACGUGAAGCUCUACAUACGGUUCAUGGGCAAUCUGGCUGCUGCCCAGGGUACCUACCUUGGUCCCGUCUUGAAGAUGCUUGCCACCAGCCUCGGAACUAUCCCUCGAGGACUUGGUCGACUCCCCGGGUACGCUGUUGUCUCGCCAUCUGAAAUUUACACUCGUGUCCACAUGGCACUUCGUCACCUGCUACGACUCAUUCCAGCUGCGAGUGGAUCGCUGUCUCCGAUAUUGUCUUCGCAGUUCCCCUUCGACUCGGACCCCGCUAGUGCCAACGUUGCCUACACACGUAACCUUGUCCAAAUCAUCAAUUACACUCCUGAAUUGCAAUCGGACAUCCUAGCUUUGAUUACCGAAAAGAUGGUCAAGGUCGAUGUUCAGAUACAAGUGGACAUGGAAGACUUCGAGGAGGAGGUUGGCGACGAGCUUAUUCACGACAUUGAUGACGACGAAGUCGACGAUGAUAAUGAGUCCGUCGCAAGCGACGAUUCAGAGGAAAAUGACACACAGGGAACGAAGAAAAUCAAAGAUAACAUCCUGAAGGUGGAUGGAAUGAUCGACAUUCUCUUCGAAUACUUCGCUCCUCCUUUCACAUCUGGCAGUCUGGAUGACAAGGAGAACGCCUUGGACCUACUCCUUAGCCAUUUCCAGAGCAUUAUCCUCCCAACAUAUCGAUCUCGCCACACUCAGUUCCUCUUGUUCCAUUUCUCUCAAACCUCGCCUGUACUCGUCGAUCGUUUCGCCUCGACCUUUGUGCAACUAAUCUUCAACAAGCUGCAACCUGGUAUUCUGCGUCAGUCCGCAGCUGCAUACCUUGCUAGCUUUGUCGCUCGUGGCGCUCACAUUUCUGGCGAUGUCGUUCGUGAUGUCUUUGACCUUCUUCUUACCCACCUGAACAGUCUGCGCAUUGAUUACGAAGGUAGCUGCCGCGGCCCUGAUCUUCGGCGUUACGGACCAUUCUACUCUACCGCCCAAGCCCUGCUGUAUAUCUUCUGCUUCCGCUGGCGUGACCUGACAACUGCCGCCAUUGACGGCGACACCGCAGACCAAGUAGACGAACUUGAGCCAGGCCAGAUUCAAUUCCCUCCCAACAUCAAAGAGUUCCUCCACAAGUCCAUUUACUCGCGUCUGAACCCUCUCAAGGUGUGCUCUCCGGCCAUCGUGUCCGAGUUCGCCCGCAUCGCCCACCACUUCCAAUUCCUCUACGUCUAUCCCCUCCUCGAAACCAACAAGCGUAUCCGCAUCACAGCAUUCCGAAGCAUCUCCACCCUCGCAGACUCCCGCUUCAGCCAAGUUGGGCGUGAGAUCCGCGCAGGCGAUAACAGUGGCUAUCAACUCGACGCCUACUUCCCCUUCGACCCCUACCAGCUACCCCGCAGCCGACGCUGGCUGGAAGGCGACUACGUCGAAUGGCGCGGUAUCCCCGGUCUGGACGAGGCCAAUGACUCAGACAGCGGUGCCGACGAGGAAUCCGAUGAAGACAGUGAAGACGCAACAGAGACAGACGAGGAGUAA